AUGGGACUCUCCCUCAGAGUUAGCGACAGGCUCAGCAGCACUAGACGUUACAGUGACAAACCAGUGGUGGAGCAGGCCUGCACCCAGAGCCUUCUCACCCCCUGUAGGACGUCACCACCACCACAGGACCAGCAGCACACAGUAAGUAGCUUGACUCACUUGACUUAAGCCCUUGGGUCCUGUAAGGAGCAUAGGCCAUUGGCCACAAAGUACAUUUGGGGUCGGGGGAAAUUAAAAACAGCAUUGCCUUCACUUUAGUCAAGAUAGAAUGACAGAUAUUACAAGUCAGCAGAGCUGCACUUGAAAAUAAAAUAUAAAAUUUGUGUGCCGGAAUAACUUGAUAGAUGGGAUCAGCCUGAUGUUAUACUAACUGUAAGUCGCUCUGGAUAAGAGCGUCUGCUAAAUGACCCAAAUGUAAAUGUUAUAGUUAUUGCUCUUCAAGGUGACCAUUUUGAUCUGCCUGUCAGUCAGUUUCCACUCAGUAUUCAGUAAAAAAAAAACUAAAAUAGCACUGCACACUGCAGAACAAAAAAACCAUACAUUUUGUUAUUGGAGAGAGCAUGUAAAGGUUUGAAGAUGGGUGUGAGAGGAGCAGGGUUGGAGUAACGGAUGACAUGUAAUCUGAUUACAAAAAAACGAAUUAAUCAGUAACGUUACCAGCUAAAAUAUUGUAAUCAGAUUAGAUACUUUUGAAAAACUAGAUGACUUCUUGGAUUACGUUUAAAUUCCGAAAGGAUGUUUGCGAAGAAAUGCAUUUUGACACCUUUCGGUUUCUCAGUGACAUUCAAUUCAGCAUUGAAAACAGGAGUAGGUUCUUUUAUUUGUUCCACCGGAGCGGGUCUGACCACAAGUCAGAGACCACUAUGAUGACACACCGAAUGCGUUUGAUGGAUCCUUUCCAAAAAGCCGGUAUGAUACAUUUUGCAUCAUACCUGCUAUAUUUCUGUAUUUUGGAAGUUCUAUAUCUUGAAAAUUGUAUUGCUUAUAUGCAAAACAUUUUGGGACUAUAUCAACAAUGGACUAAUGAAAUAAAUUAAGGGGAAGUAAUCCGAAAGUAAUCCGAUUUACGUUACGGAGUUUGUGUAAUCCAAAAGUUACGUUACUGAAUCCAAUUUUGGACAGGUAAGGUGCUGUUUUCAAGGGAUUGUUAAAUAUAUUUGAACUAUUUAGUUGUAAUAUCAUCACCUCUUGAAGAGCAUAGUCAGACCUACACAUUUCCAAUUAUUCCACAUUUAGCUCUAUCAGAGUUAUACAGCAAGGAACUGCAUGCUUUUCAUGAUCAGUAAACAUCAAUUGAUCAUCUAAUUUCCGAUAUGUGAGGGUAGCCUCACAAUAUCUCUCAAUAUUGGCCACCAUUAAUUGGAUAUUUGAGUGAUAUAAAAUAAGUGAAAUAUACUUGACAAGUAUGUGGUUUUAGGUUAAUUUCCCAUCCUUUGUGGGCUCUGCCUGUCAAGCAGCAGAAGGGCGAAUUUGCCGAUGUACUGUUAUCUGAUAAUAUUUACUUUGCUAGCUACCUGAUCAUGUUUACUUUGCAAGUUACCUGAUAAUGUUUACUUUGCAAGCUACCGUUAUAAACAGUUGGCUAUACAUAUAGUGAUAGGUAGACCUAAUGUAGGCUACUUUUUUCUCCAACCAACGUAGGCCUACCUAGCGGAGUUGGCUAGCAUUUUCCCCUUUUCAACAUUGUUAAUAAGUGUUUAAUCACGAUUGCUGCUGACAGACAUGAUAGGCUACAUUGAUUGAUGGACCACGUCAAAUUGGCUAGCUAGCUAAUAACAGAUCACAUCGAUAUGGCUAGCUAGCUAACAACAGAUCACGUGAAUAUGGCUAGUUAACAAGCAAACUUCCAGGGGAUAAACUAGAUGGCUAUAUCCGAAUAUUGUUUGAUUUGUUUGCCAUAUAUAGUAGGGUUGGGCGGUUUCCAGAUUUUCAUAUCCUCAUACUGUCCUCCUCUCCCACCGGGAUAUACGGUAUUAUCGGUUUAGUACACAAGGGGGCGCCAAAAACGCACAAAAAAAACAUUGGCCGUCUAUCAGAAUGAUAACAAAAUUAGCACAAGUAACAACGAAUUUCCAUGGAGGCUGCUAGCUAAAUAUGCUAAUGAGUGCAAACUAAAAUAAACGAAUUGUGAAGGCAGGCAAUCCAGCUCAUAAAGUUAUACAUAUUUAGGUAGGAGCUACAGAAUGUCAUUUUUGUUGAGUUUGGACAUUUACAUGUGAAUGAGAGACAUUGUGCAAAUGAACACAGUUUUGACUAAUGCUUGUUUGAAGGAAGAACAGUACUGUUUACACACUGUGUCUGUGUGGAGUCACAAGAGCAAUGGACCUGCCUGCUCUGCUCGGAGAAGAUAGGAGCAGAGCAGAUGGGCCCAGAACAGAGAGGAGAAAACACAAAGGAAUCAAGCUGCAGUGGCAGCUGGAUACAGAUAACUCAUGCAAAGGGUUUUGACUUCUCAAACAUGGCAGAAAGCUAACACAAUAUGAUGCCCCGUGACGUUAUUAAUUCAGCCACGUACUUACAUAACGAGCAAGUUAAACUUAGGGGUCGCCCUAAUGCAGAAUUCUUCGUUUUUCACGCAGGAAAAAAAUAUGAAACUCAUAAGAAAUAUCUUCCUGUGUUUUGUAAACGCAGAUCUAAAAAGCUUCUUAUGGUAAUUUCUGCUUAUAGUUUUUUUUUAAAUAAAAAUGCCUUUUUCAUUGUAAGUUCAUUUACUUGUAUGGCUGCCAGCCAAAUAGUGUUGCACUUCUGUCGUCAUCUGAUGACAAUCAAACUAUUUUCUGCCUAAUGUGUUGCGCUAAUGUAUUUAAUGUGAAGGAAAACUAUAGUUGCAUGUUCUGAUGACUAUUGAAGAAAAACAGUUGACAGGGGUCGCGUUUUAUAUUGAAAGUCAAUACACAGCUGGACUCACCUGCUCCCGCUUUCUCCCAUUGUGCUAUUUACAAGAAACACUGUCUCGCUAGAUACAUGCCAAAUGGAUAGGCUACCCUCACGUAUCUGAAAUUACACGAUCAAUUGAUACACUUACUGAUCAUGAAAAGCAUGCAGUUACUUGCUGUAUAACUCUGAUGAUGAAGCUAAAUGUGGAAUACUGGGACAUUUGUAGUUCUGACUAUGCUCUUCAAGAGGUGACGAUAUUUCAACCAAAUAGUUACAUUUAUUUAAUAAUCCCUUAAACGGCACAUAGUUGUCAAUGGUUUAGCGGAGCUGGUGGUCUCCUUUACCCCCAGCAGCCAAAUCGAACGUUCUGUACCGUAUUGUGACGUUUUAUUCAUAACGACCUAUAGAGCGGCCAAUAGAGUCAUGGAGUCAUUCCACUCGUUGGAACAUUCUGGAAUCCAGGGUGUCAGUGCUAUUUUUCUAUAGCCACAAGCUCUCUCCUCCAAUAGCACUGUCUGUCUCACAGGCUCUUUCUCAAUGUGUCUUUCUGUGAUUCCUCUAUCUUCCAAAUGAAUUGGUCCCUCCCAGUGUUUCCGCUGCACUCAUUUUGCUGUGGUGCUGCGCCACGGCAAAAUUAUUGCCGCCACGCAACAAAAAAAAGAUGGAACAUGAAAACAAUAUUUCUGCUGAAGCGCAUUUUGAAGAUGCUACAACAUUCCACAUGUACUUUUCCUCAGCAAACAAAACGAGUAAUUAAUAGAAAAAUCUAACAACCCCAUAGUAGAAUAGUUGAUCUAUUUACCUAGUCGGCUUGUUGUGUUCUAUUUGCUCGAUAAAUAUUACUCUCGUGGCGCAUUCAUGUUAUAAGUGCCACAGGAAGGGAAACAUGCAUUCUGAGAAGCAGUCAAUGCACAACAAUUAUUGCAAUCGCGAAAACAGCAGUUUUAAUGGCUUUUGUUAAAGGAGGGGAAUCCCAGUUUUCCAUAUCUACUUUAUUUCUCAACUCUAUUUUAAAACCGGGUUUUUUAGCAGAAGCAUGGUUAAGCACGUUAAUGCUCUGCAAUUAGCAGCAAGUGCAUAGGGGAGAGUGGGGCUAAAUGUAACACCGGUCAAUUGUAGGGUGACUUGGGGUAAAACGCCUCACUACCUCAAAAUCAUUUCUUUGGAAUGACUUAAAAAAUUGUGAUGAGACAGAUCAUAUUUUUGGUUGAGCAAGAGUAGUGGAAACCAGGAAAAGUGUUGGGGGGAAAAUUGUGACAUGAAGUGGUUUCUGUGAGAUGUACAGGCAGUGGGCUUUUUACCCAGAGUGGUGAGUUACCCUAACAGGUAGGCAUACAUUAUAUUCAGUGUUUAUGCAAGUUUUUUGUGACAUAAAAUUCAUCAAUAUGAUAAUAACUAGUUAAAAGAUGACAUUUGAGAUCUGGCUAAUGAUUAGCCCAAUAGGGUAAAUGCAGAUAGGCAACCCCAUGCUUCAGCCUAUUUAUUUGCACUUUGCUGCAUCAGUUGGGCUAAAGGUGAUAAUGUUUAUUGCUAAUAGCAUUCAUGAUAAUAGGCUAUACACUGUACAUGGCCCAAUAUGUUAAAAUAAUUGUAAUAAAUCAUUUUACCAUUUUCUGAAGGUGGGCUAAUUUCUGGAGGUGGAAAUUCUAUUUUAGAUGGUGUCAGCAUACUUAUUUUAAUUCAUUUUGGAGUAGAAUGUCCCCCCCCCCCCCCUCAACCCCCCCUCCGCAACCUCCCCCCCCCCCCCACUGCUACACAUUUUCCCAGAGGAAACACUGGUCCCUACCCUCUGACCUUCUCCUCCAAUGCAUUUUGAGAAGGAGGCAAGGAGGACGGACAUGAGGAAUUGAGAAAAGACACAUUUCCAAACUUGAACCUUCUCCCCCAUCGGGUUUGAGAAGGAAUCAAGGAAAGACUAAUUGAGACGGAGCCACAGUGUUAAUAUGUCAGGGACUGAAUCAGAUGGGGCCUCUCAACCUCUAAUUAAGUCAUUAAUCACAGUUCUCAUAAACCAGAUGUCUCCUUCCCUAACCCUCCCCUCUUCUCUAUGAUGUCUCCUUCCCUAACCCUCCCCUUCUCUAUGAUGUCUCCUUCCCUAACCCUCCCCCUCUUCUCUAUGAUGUCUCCUUCCCUAACCCUCCCCUCCUUCUCUAUGAUGUCUCCUUCCCUAACCCUCCCCUCUUCUCUAUGAUGUCUCCUUCCCUAACCUUCCCCUUCUCUAUGAUGUCUCCCCUAACCCUCCCCUCUCUCUAUGAUGUCUCCUUCCCUAACCCUCCCUCUUCUCUAGAUGUCUCCUUCCCUCCUACCCUCCUCUUUUAUGGUCUCUUCCCUAACCCUCCCCUCUUCUCUAUGAUGUCUCCUUCCCUAACCCUCCCCUCUUCUCUAUGAUGUCUCCUUCCCUAACCCUCCCCUCUUCUCUAUGAUGUCUCCUUCCCUAACCCUCCCUCUUCCUCUAUGAUGUCUCCUUCCCUAACCUCCCCCUCCUCUCUAUGAUGUCUCCUUCCCCUCCCCUCUCUCCUCUAUGAUGUCUCCUUCCCAACCCCUCCCUCUUCUCCUCCUAACCCUCCUUUCCAUAUGCUCCUCUCCUAACCUCCUAUUCUCUAUCUCUCCUUCCUCUAAGUCCCUUCCUAUAUUCCCCUUCCUAAGAGUCCUCUUCCUAACCCUUCCACCUCCACUUUCUCUGAUGUCUCCUUCCCUACCUCCCCACUCUCUAUGAUGUCUCCUUCCCUAACCUCCCUCUCCUUCCUCUCCUACCUCUCUCUAUGAUGUCUCCUUCCCUAACCCUCCCCUCUUCUCCUCUCUGAUGUCUCCUUCAACCCUCCCCUCCUGAAUCUUCUCCUUAACCCCUCCCUCUCCUAAUUCUCCUCCUACCCCUCUUCUCUCAUAUGUCUCCUUCCCUAACCUCCCCUCUUCAAUCUUUUCUAUAUCUCCUUCCUACCCUCCCUAACUCCUCUUGAUGUCUCCUUCCCUACCUCCCUCCUCCCAUAUCUUCCUCUAUGAUGCUCUCCCUCUUCCCUCUAUAUCUCCUCCUAUACUCCUCCUUCUCCUCCUCUACUCUUCUCCUGAGUCUCCUUCCUAAUUCUCCUCCCUCUCUCAUAUGUCUCCUAAUCUCCUAACCCUCCCUCUUUCUCUUGAUGUUCCUUCCCUAACCCUCCCCUCUUCUCUAUGAUGUUCUUCCUUCCCUAAGCCCUUCCCUAAUCCUCUUAUGAGUUCUCCUUCCCUAACCCUCCCCUCUAAUCUUCUCUUGAUGUCUCCUUCCCUAACCCUCCCCUCUAAUCUUCUCUAUGAUGUCUCCCUUCCCCUAACUUCUCCUUAUUCUAUGUUCCUUCCCUAACCUCCCCCUAAUCUUCUCUAUGAUGUCUCCUUCCCUAACCCUCCCCUCUUCUCUAUGAUGUCUCCUUCCCUAACCUCCCCUCUUCUCUAUGUCUCCUUUCCCAACCUCCCUCUUCCUAUAUCUCUUCCCAUCUCCCUUCCCCUUAUAUCUCCUCCUCCCUACCUCUCUCUCCUAUGAUGUCUCCUUCCCUAACUCUCUCCUCCCCUUCUCUAUGAUGUCUCCUUCCCUAACUCUCUCCUCCCCUCUUCUCUAUGAUGUCUCCUUCCCUAACUCCUCCCCUCUCUCUUUCUCUCUAUUCCUCUUCCUAAUUCCCUUCCCACCUCCCUCUUCUCUAUAUAUGCUGCUGCAAGAGACUUGCUGCUAUAUUUAGGCCACUAUUACAACAUAAACACUCCCCCCGUCAGUGUCCUGCGCAUUAGUCCCUAAAUGAAGUCAUUCGAUUUCAGAUGUUCUAACUAAUAGAGACGUUUACAAUAUGUCUCUUUGGUUUGGUCCUUUGGCGCCCAUGUUUUCUCACCUCCUCUAUUCUCUGUAAAUGCAUGAUAUUUCAAUGCCCAUGUUUUCUCACCUCCUCUAUUCUCUGUAAAUGCAUGAUAUUUCAAUGCCCAUGUUUUCUCUCCUCUAUUCUCUGACUGUAGGUGUAAGAUGUCUUUUGAUGUAGCUCUAAUGAGAAAUGAUUUGCAUUUUGAUUAGUAAAAUCCCAGUCUCUCUCCAUCCUCUCUCUGUCUCUGUCUCUCUCUCUCUCCAUCCCCAGGUCCCCAGUAACAGCAGUGUUGUAUAGAGACUCUCUGUAAGCUGUGCGCCUGAUGAGGAUGUCUGAUCCUGUUACUGUAAAGGACAUCAGUAGGACUGACACUGAGACCAUGAAGGUUUGUGAGGCUGGAGUGGAGCUGGAGGCAGCAGACUCCACCCCAACGCCUGGAGCAGACAUUAGCCUUAACGGUGUGAAGGAGCAACACAAACAGUCUGGGAGACUGGUGCUGGAACACAAUGUGACCGGUCACCAAGACCAAAGCUGCUGUGACAACAAGAGGGAAACCUCACAGGUAAACACACUGGUGUAAACAAACACACAAACAGAGCCUUUUAGUGUGGACCAAUGAGAUCAGUUUUCCAUUAUAUCACAUCCACAAUUUGAACUUGUUUUACUACGACUCUGGUAAAAAAAAAUAGAAAUACGGUAAUAUAAUUUAAAUAUGGUAAUAUAAUUUAAAUAUGGUAAUAGCAUUGAGCUCAUGCUCAAUGUGAACUCUGUUUACAGUCAUGUAAAUACUGUAACGUAUCAGAUAAAACAAUCAUGAAGAAAUUGGUGGAAGAAGCUGUGCUGAUACAGUGCAGCAAAAUAUUCCUUUGUUUUAGGAUUGGAGGUAAUGCUGACAGGCAGCAGACAGGGUCUUGUCUCAGGGUUGGAGGUAAUGCUGACAGGCAGCAGACAGGGUAUUGUCUCAGGGUUGGAGGUAAUGCUGACAGGCUGCAGACAGGGUAUUGUCUCAGGGUUGGAGGUAAUGCUGACAGGCAGCAGACAGGGUAUUGUCUCAGGGUUGGAGGUAAUGCUGACAGGCAGCAGACAGGGUAUUGUCUCAGGGUUGGAGGUAAUGCUGACAGGCAGCAGACAGGGUAUUGUCUCAGAGUUGGAGGUAAUGCAGACAGGCAGCAGACAGGGUAUUGUCUCAGGGUUGGAGGUAAUGCUGACAGGCUGCAGACAGGGUAUUGUAACAGGGUUGGAGGUAAUGCUGACAGGCAGCAGACAGGGUAUUGUCUCAGGGUUGGAGGUAAUGCUGACAGGCAGCAGACAGGGUAUUGUCUCAGGGUUGGAGGUAAUGCUGACAGGCAGCAGACAGGGUAUUGUCUCAGGGUUGGAGGUAAUGCUGACAGGCAGCAGACAGGGUAUUGUCUCAGGGUUGGAGGUAAUGCUGACAGGCAGCAGACAGGGUAUUGUCUCAGGGUUGGAGGUAAUGCUGACAGGCAGCAGACAGGGUAUUGUCUCAGGGUUGGAGGUAAUGCUGACAGGCAGCAGACAGGGUAUUGUCUCAGGGUUGGAGGUAAUGCUGACAGGCAGCAGACAGGGUAUUGUCUCAGGGUUGGAGGUAAUGCUGACAGGCAGCAGACAGGGUAUUGUCUCAGAGUUGGAGGUAAUGCAGACAGGCAGGAGUAUAAAUGGGAAGCAGGACAAGUAAAACUGACCGACCUUGACGGUGGCUGGAGACGCAGCCAGACUGAAGAAUCCAGAUAAUCUUGAUCUCAAAUCCUGGCUUAUCUACAAACUUCCUGUGUGUCAGGAGAGAGAGAGACUGAAUGGGUGCCGGAUGGGCAGAGAGGGAGUGGUGUGUGCGUGUCCUCUGUGACUUUGCCACCAUCUGCCCCUGCCAUGUUCUCUCUCUCAGGCCAGGUACCUUGUAGUGCUGAUGUCAGCGUUUUCUUCUCUCUCAUUGUUCAUUUCCUUACUGUCCUCUUCAAUUAGCUGGUCUACCAGUGCUGUCACAACUACCAACACACACACCACUCACUGUCCCUACAGGUCAUACACAUGCCUGGAAAUGGGAACGGUCCGUUUCAAUCUUUAUUUCAUUAAUGUUAUCUAACCCUCCAGCGCAGCGGGGAAAGGAAAUGUCCUUUGGUUGGUUAUAGAGGACAGGAGCAAGAGAAGUGUCUGUGUGUGUACAGACUGAGAGGAGCAUGGGGCCUGCCAGCCGUUCUGUCUAAAUCAGACACAGCCUUCGCCUCUGACUCCCUAGGACCUCUCCCUGUGCACGCACGCAUGCACGCACUCAGAACACACACACGAACACGCGCCGAUGGUGUGUGAAGAGCAGAGGCAAUGAGCUGCCCCCCCCCCCCCCCCACUGCCUCCUGUUCUCCUCCAACCUCAGAACACUGGUCUUUGCUCUAGGAAAAUGACAGGAAAAUGGGUCUGAGAGAGAAAAAUGUGAAAAUGAUCUGAGAGAAAAUUAAGUCAAAUGUACAUGGUAGUCGGACAGAAGUCUGGGUCUAAUUUCUCACAGACAGGAAGGUGUUUGAAUCACUAGGGUGACAAUUCAUCUCGGCCUAUAAAGGGCUCCUCCUGUAUAAUUGGAUGUUUUGUCACAUGCCUAUAUUGAUUGGCCAAGCUCUUCAGUAGGGGUGUACAUUGACGUCCGAUAUGUAUCACAUGUAUGUAUUCAGCCUUUCUUCCUGUUGUUCUGGACCUGGACCGCAAUAUUAUUUAACGUUGUAGUUUUGUUAGCUAAACUCCACCUUUUUGUGGUCUGUUUUGGACAGCAACACACUCUAUCAGCUGGCCAGCCAGUGAGGCGUUCUAAGGUACAGCCAGGGACUAGCAUGAUGCUUGACACCACAUACAUUAUCAUUUCAUCUCAAGUGGUUCUGCUGAGAAGACUGAUUUAUCCAAUAUGUCUUCUUAUAUAUUUGCCUGCUGUUGACUUAGUUCUUGUUCUGUAGUGAACAAGUGAGGGGGGUCAAACUCAUUCUAUGGAGGGCCUAGUGUCUGAGGGUUUUUGGUUUUCCUUUCAAUUAAGCCCUAGACAACCAGGUGAGGGGAGUUCUUUACUAAUUAGUAACCUUCAUUUAUCGAUCGAGUACAAGGGACCCGCAGAUACUCGGUUCUCCGUGGGAUGAGUUUGACACGUGAUUUAAGUCAUCCCUUUAAAAACAUCCGGUGGUGCGCUGAUAUUACUUUCUGGCCUUUUAUCAUCACUGGCAUGAUUUCCAGACUUUCAAGACUGACUUAUUUACAUGUAUUGAAGUGUCUGCUAACCAUCACGUUAGUUACAUGCAUGGAUUGGAUUUGAUACACCGAACUCAUUUUGAGAUCUGAGCAUAUUCUGUCGGUCGUGGUUGCUUGGUGCUUGCUGGCCUUUUUUACGUCUUGGUUUGUAUUUAGACUUGGUCGGUUCGUGUUUGUCUGGUGAAAUUAUCAACGCACGUCAUCAAAAGGAACAUAUUUUUAACCGUUGUCAAUAUACUGUACUCUCCCCCAGUCGAAGGCAAAGUUAAAGUUAGUACGGAGCCUAGCUGUCUGUGAAGAAUCCUCUCCUCCCCUUACUGAGCACCAGCUGACACCAGAUCCUCAGGUAAACCUUUAGAUACACACACACACACACACACACACACACACACACACACACACACACACACACAGAGACACACAGACAAAAAGAGAGACACACACACCCUUGGGUAAACCCCCAGACGGCUCCUUCUACCCCAUUAGCUGUGGCUCAUUUCACGAACGUCACUCUGCUUUCUCACCAGACACACACACACACACACACACACACACACACACACAGCCAGCAGCUAGAGGGCUUUGCCUUUCAUCCUGUCGACACUAACUUCAUCAAAACCCCCAGGGUGUGCUCCACCACAAACCGUUGUGUGUGUGUUACUCACAUCCAUCAUCUUGGAGAACAUUCUAUUUUCGCGUGUCAGAACACGGAGGCCUGUGGAUUGAUAUAAUUGAAUAGAACGGAUGUCGCUAUGAUACCCUUCCUUCAACCUAUUCCUUUGAGUCUCAGUCAGCACGACACAAAGAUGUCCAUGGCGAAUGGUGUUUGGAGUGAUAUAGGGAAUCUUUUUCUUUUAUUUAGGUUUGUCUCUUUCUAUGGAAAGGCUGACAUUUUUUAUGCCAAUUAUUUCUCCUUGAGUGAAACUGUUUCCUUGGUCUAGAAGAGAAAAUAAAAUAUUCUCUUUCUGAAUUAUUAUUCUACUUCUCUGUAAAGAUUCAUUGGCCUUGCUGUGAAAUGGCUUACUAGGAAACCCUGACAGUGUGUUUAAAUGGAAAUGCUUAUUUAAUCAAGAUAUACUUCCUUGAACUCGUGAGUGAGAUUUAACCCCCUCCUCCUCUGGGUUCUAUUCAGUCCUCUUUCACUCUUUUCUUCCUCCCACUCUUCUUCCCCCCUCUCUCUCUCUCUCAACGUUCUCCCUCUCUUCUCCCCCUCACUCCCCCUUCCUCACAUCUCACUUUCUUUGAGGCUUUUCUGUAGCAACAUUAGUUCUUUCUUUUGUUAAGCUGUUGUGCUGUACCUCUACAGCGAAGCCUCCCUGAGAGGCAGAGUAUAUCACUGAUGUAAACAUUACAUCUCCCUUCCAGAAACCACUGGCUCACAACUUCUUAACCUAGCUGCCUCUACCCUGAAGUCGUAUUUAAUUUUAAGCUUCUUGCGUUCCUUUGGCAGCCAGCAUUCUGAGGCUGCGUUCCAAAUGGCACCCUAUUCCCUAUCGGCCUUGGUCAAAAGUAGUGCACUAUAUGGGGAAUAGGGUGCCAUUUAGGACGCUGGCUGAGUUUCAGUGGACUGUUCAGCUUUAGCUCCUCUCUGCCUUUGUACUAGUGUUGAAUAGUGAAUCCGAGCUUCUUCAGAGCAGAGAAUGAAGCGUAGCAGAGAGAUUAAGGUGAGGAGAGUAGCGGGGUUAAACCAAAGUCAAGGCUGAGAAGGCCUUGAAACUCAUAGAACUGGAAUGAUUAGAAUGUAGAUUUUCAUUCAAGUGAGUACUGUCAAAUGGUUGUUAUAUUCUUGUGAACUAAUAGUAAUUUCCAUGCUCGUUAAGCCUUAGACAUGUUACAAUUUGAUAUUUUAGUAAUUUAGCAGACUCUUAUCCAGAGUGACGUACAGGCACAAUUAGGGCAAGGGCACAUCAGAUUUUUCACCUAGUCAGCUCGGGGAUUCGAACCAGCGACCUUUCGGUUACUGGCCCAACGCUCUUAACCACUAGGCUACCGGCCACUCUUAGAAAAUAUAAUAAUUCAACCGAGUGUCAAAAUGGCUGUGCUAUGAGGGGCUUUCCAUUCUAAUCAUUUUAUUUCUAUGCUUGUCUUGCAACAAGUCUUCCAAAGGGAGCUCUUUCAUGUGGUGCAAUACAUGGAAUGAUGGAUGUUAAGGUGUGGAAGAUGAGACAGGCUUUCUAUUGAAUGUAUUCUCUUCCCCCAACAAAAAGCAGUUCUAUCUUUUGACUCUCAGUACUCACAACUCAGUAUGUAGGCCCAUAUACUGUUAGUUUUUUAUGUAUUCACAUCAUUGGUUAUUUCAAAAUGAUGUAUGAUUUUCAGCUGCUUAAUGAAUAAAUAAAACGAUGUUAAUCCUUGUGAUUUAAUUGGCGAGGUGAUUAUCAUAUGUAUGGAGGAAGGUUUAUCGCUCGGUGCAGCACUGUUUCUUUUAGCUGAGCUGUUAUUUGAAAUAAAAACAGUGCUCUCACAAUAAACCACACAUUUUAAAUUAGGUCUGUCGGCAUAUACUUAUUUGCACAAGAUAAACAUGUAAACCCCUUAAAUAUGUUUUAAUUAACUUCCAACCGAGUGCGAGAUUGUGGAGAGAAUUAGAUGCUAAUUCUUAAUGUGACAUGCUAAUUCAUUCUGUCUGGUGUAUUUAAAUGUUUGUGUACUUCUCAAAUGGCACCCUAUUCCCUAUGUAGUGCACUACUUUUGAUCAGUGCCCAUAGGGAAUAGGGUGCCAUUUAAGAAACUGCUUUAAUCAUGGGGAUACUCUUCUGUUGAACAGGAUCAGAUUCACAUCCAGAUAUCCCAGUCCUUUGAUAAGGAGGAGCUGUCUGCCAAGGGUGAGAAAGAGAAGGUUGAGAAACCAGAGAAGAUGCCCAGGAAAAUGCUGUCAAGAGGUGUGUGUGUGUGUGUGUGUGUGUGUGUGUGUGUGUGGAAGAGUUGACGGAGAGGUUGAUUUGUUGUCUUUGUGUGGAAAAUAGUGAGUGAAAAUAUAAUGGCCAUCCCUGCCUUCAAAGACACACGCACACAUACACAUGCACGGUUGUGUUUGUAUGUUACAAUACAAGACCUUGAAGACAUGAUGUGAGCUUUACUCUAGUGAAAUAAUGAACUGAUUCCGGAACAUAUGGAGCUCUCUGAGAAAUCUAAUAUAGAAUCCUAGGAGACAAUGGGUGCAUUUGUAAAUUCACUCUGGCUAUCUACUACUCCGAUUUCAGAGCACUCUCGUCUGAGUGUGCCAGAGCGAUUAAUAACCUAUUAAUUUACGAACGCGCAACACCCGUUGAAUAUUACAUUUCCAUUUUAGUCAUUUAGCAGACGCUCUUAUCCAGAGCGACUUACAGUUAGUGAGUGCAUACAUGUAAUAUUAAAUAUGACCGGUGUCAGUAAACGUAAAAAAAAAAAAAACAUUAUUAAAUUGUUGCCAGCAGCACAGUUGCAGUCACCAACAUGAAAUCAGCCGAACCAGCUCACCUAGGGCGAGUACAAUGGUCAGAGUGAGGUGUUCUCAUUUGUUUGGAAGUAGCUAGCAAGCUAGCAAACUUUAGCCAGUUAGCUUGGGUGCUUGACUGCCAUUGUGAGGUCAGAACGCUCGGAUCAACCCUACUCCGGCCAGAGCGUCCAGUGUGCGCUCUGAACGCUCAGAGAGCGAAACGUUCUGAAUUUAUGAACGGACAAUCUAACAACGCUCUGAAUUUACGAACGCCCAGAGCGCACACUGAGCGCACUCUGGCACUCCAGAGUGAAUUUACGAACACACCCUAUAGUCCACAAAGAUGUGUUGUGUAUAGAGCACCAUUACCAGAAUGAUUCCUCGUCUUGUUUCUAGAUUCCAGCCAGGACUAUACAGACUCUACUGGAAUAGACCUGCACGACUUCCUGGUCAACACUCUACAGAACAACCCCAGAGACAGAAUGAUGCUGUUGAAGUUGGAGCAGGACAUUCUGGACUUUAUCAGUAAUAAUGAGUAAGUUAUUUCAUUAAUACAUUUGUUGAUUGAUUUAAUGUAUUUUAUUUAUUUAUAGUUAGUGCAAUUUUAUUUGAAUGUAAUUACAUUUUAUAGUUGUAUUGUAUUAUUUUAGCCUUUCAGUAAAGCUCAUUCAGUUCUUGUCUUUCCUAGAAGCCAGAAGAGGAAGUUCCCCCCCAUGACGUCGUACCAUAGAAUGCUGCUACACAGAGUGGCUGCCUACUUUGGCAUGGAUCACAAUGUUGACCCCACCGGGAAGUCGGUCAUCAUCAACAAAACUAGCAAUACAAGAAUGUACGUUUUUAAUUUGGUACCAGUCAAUGUAUUUAUAUUUUUUAUAAUACAUUAUUUUCAGUAUUUAUACUGAAGCACAAUGCUAAAUUUUAUUAGGUUCUAUGAAGCUCAAAUACAUCAAAUUACUUUGAAAGUAGAAAGUAUAUAUUAGUUGGUAGAUUUGGCGUAGAUUUUUUUUCACGCCUCGAAACUUCCAGUAAUGUAAAUUCUCGUCCACAGACCAGAUCAAAAAUUCUCAGAACACAUAAAAGACGACAAAACAGACGAUUUCCAAAAACGCUACAUUCUCAAAAGAGACAACUCCAGCUCCGACCGGGAAGACUGCAUGGUAGGUGGUUUCUGUGUUCCAAUCAAAUGUCAGGCUGUGUCCCAAAUGGCACCCUGUUCUCUAUAUAGCGCCCAAUGGGCCCUGGUCAACAGAAGGAAAGGAUAUGGGGAAUAGGGUGCCGUUUGGGAUGCAUCCUCAGUGAUAUGUCUGUGAGAGGGUGACGAUCUGGUGCCGCUGUUCCAGCUGCUAGCUAAAGUUGUGCUGAAGCUUCUAGCUGUGCUGAAGCUGCUAGCUAAGCUAAGCUAAGCUUCAGCUAAGCUGUGCUGAAGCUGCUAGCUAAGCUGUGCUGAAGCUGCUAUCUGUGCUGAAGCUAUUAGCUAAGCUGUGCGGAAGCUGCUAGCUAAGCUAAGUUGUGCAUGUGCUUGCAGAUACGAAUGCGCCUGAAAGACGACAGGAGAAGCAAAUCUAUCGAGGAGAGAGAGGAGGACUAUCAGAGAGCCAGGGACAGGAUAUUUGCUCCAGAUGUGAGAUUUUGGGGGGGAAAUUAUAUUGUAAUAUAUCUAAUCAAUUUAGAUUCAUGAUGCAUUUGUGUUUAUGAAGUAAAAUAUGGAUCUGCUUUAUGGACUGCAAAUGACAUGUAAGUAAGACAUUAAAAUAUAUGUAUUUUUUUCCACAGGGAGAUCAUUUCCAUCUAGAUGGAAGGUAAAUAUCAUUCACAUAUGAGUCUAAUUUGACUGGUACAACAUGGACGUUUGACUGGUUGGUACAACAUGGACAUUUGACUGGUUGGUACAACAUGGACAUUUGACUGGUUGGUACAACAUGGACGUUUGACUGGUUGGUACAACAUGGACAUUUGACUGGUUGGUACAACAUGGACGUUUGACUGGUUGGUGCAACAUGGACGUUUGACUGGUUGGUACAACAUGGACGUUUGACUGGUUGGUACAACAUGGACGUUUGACUGGUUGGUACAACAUGGACGUUUGACUGGUUGGUACAACAUGGACGUUUGACUGGUUGGUACAACAUGGACGUUUGACUGGUUGGUGCAACAUGGACGUUUGACUGGUUGGUGCAACAUGGACGUUUGACUGGUUGGUGCAACAUGGACGUUUGACUGGUUGGUGCAACAUGGACAUUUGACUGGUUGGUACAACAUGGAUUUGAUACCCUUUCAUAAUGUUGCACCUCCCCAUGCAGGACCCCUGAUGAAGAGGCUUGUAUCAGCACACAACAGAGACGGCAACUCUUCAGGUACUUCCUUUCUGUCACAGAUCUCUCACUCACUCACACACACACACAUCCAUCUAAACUCUCCCUUGUUUCCUCAGACUAGGGGAUGGGCGAUCAGCCAGCAGUAGACAGAGCAGCUCUGAGAAUGACCCCAAGAACUCUGAUGCCCGGCCGUGGAGCAGCACUGAUUCAGACAGCUCCAACCGUAACCUGAGGCCGACCAUGACCAAGGCCAGCAGCUUCAGCAGCAUCUCUGUCCUCAUCAGAGGAGACAGCUCAGCCAGCAGCAAGAGCACCGGACGUCUCUCCAAAACAGGCAAGUAACGGGGUCAAAUGCACACGCCAUGUGUCGUGUUAAGUCUGCUUUUUUCCACAGCACAGUGAAGCACCUGUUUUAAUAACAGAAUGAACCCUAAUACUUCACCUCUUACUAACAUAUUGGGAUGCUAGUGAGGUAGAAGCUGAAUCACCUCUUACCAACUCAUUGUGAUGUUACUGAGGUAGAAGCUGAAUCACCUCUUACCAACACAUUGUGAUGUUACUGAGGUAGAAGCUGAAUCACCUCUUACCAACUCAUUGUGAUGUUACUGAGGUAGAAGCUGAAUCACCUCUUACCAACUCAUUGUGAUGUUACUGAGGUAGAAGCUGAAUCACCUCUUACCAACACAUUGUGAUGUUACUGAGGUAGAAGCUGAACUUCUCCUCUGAAAUCUCUGUGUAAUAAAGAAAAAUGUGUUCUGUGUCCAUGACUACUUGCUGGUAACAGAUUCUUACCCCAAGUGUGGUCAGUCACCCCUAGACAAUGUGAUACACAAGUUUCUGACUGACAUGAGUUGUAAUUGGUCCUUCACUGUGUGUCUGUGCACCAUUCCUGUUUAAUACAGGCAUACUGGGGGAAUGGAGAGCCAGUUUUCUUUGUUUAUCCUGUUUUGGUUCCUCCUCCGUCCCUUGUCUUUUCGUUCCGUUUCUUCUUCUGCUGUCUCUGUUCUAGAGGCUUUUCUGUUUUGGUUUCAUGUGAUUCCAUUUUCACAAGGCACUGACUUCUCCAGCCAGACAUGUUCUUUCUUUUAAGUAGUUUACGACGAUGGGGCUCACUUUGUGCAGCACAAGAUCUGCUCUGCCGCUACUGGGAGGCCAUUUUGUGUCCCUGUUAGCUCUGUCAUAUGGCUCAUCUCUUCAUAACAGUCUUCUGCAUGCAAUGCAUGUCAUCCUUUGGUUCUUUGGCAUCAUUUAGCAUUUUUGGUUUUAGCAUUUUUUCUCAUUUUGUUAUAGUAUCCCCAAUAUCUUUAAGUGCUGGUUGUUUAGUUUGUGUAGAAAACAUGAAUAAUGAUGGCUAUCACAACUCUGAAUUCAUUGUCUUUUACUGUUGUCAAGAUGGAGAGAUGUCUUUUUAACCUCUCCAGUAAUACUGUACAUCAAGAGAGAUUAAACUUGAGCCUAGUUUUCCUGUUUUGUCUGUCCAGAUUUCAAAGCUCCUGAUAGCGUUGCUUUUGACAUCAAAUAUCUGAGGUUUGGGUACGUGCCGUAAGAGGAAAAACAGGACCAACUUUGACAUUCUAAAUCAGGAAAAUGUGUCAACAUGUAUUGCUGCAUUACUGACAAACGAAUAACAUGUUUGUGGUUAUACUCUUUUUAAGAUGUAGACCACUUAAAUUACAGUUGAUAUGGGCUCAUACAAGAUGUCCACAACGGGACAAAUAUCACCUAUAGCCAAUGAAUUCACUCACUAUGUGUCCCACUUUUGAAUGGACCAAUGGCUAUCCUCCUUCUACCCCUGUAACCUCAGAAGUGACCAAUAGCUGUCCUUCUUGUGCCCCUGUGCCCCUGCCCAGAGGCUGGCUAUGCAGGCGUUACAAGUCGCUGCCUCUGUAGGACGUCUUUAGUGAUUUUCUCUGUUCUCUGUAGGACGUCUUUAGUGAUCUUCUCUGUUCUCUAUAUGACGUCUUUAGUGAUCUUCUCUGUUCUCUAUAGGACGUCUUUAGUGAUCUUCUCUGUUCUCUAUAGGACGUCUUUAGUGAUCUUCUCUGUUCUCUAUAGGACGUCUUUAGUGAUCUUCUCUGUUCUCUAUAGGACGUCUUUAGUGAUCUUCUCUGUUCUCUAUAGGUAAAAUAUAUUUUCAUCCCUCCCUCCUCUAGGUUCUGAGUCUUCUAAUAGUGUAGGGUCUUCUACGAGUUCCAUCUCUCGCCCCCAAGUACUCCACCUGCCUCUCCCGCUCCCUGUCCCAGCUGCUCUAACCCAGGCAGCCGGCCCCGUCGGCGGCCCCAGCACGGUGCAACCUACACCCUCCUCCGCUGCCACGGCCCCCAGCAGUAGUAGAAGUUCUGUGCACUGUGAGCAGGGCAGCAGGAAUGGCCCGGUGCCUGCAUCCGGCCCAGCGCCAACCCAGACCACUGCUAAUGCUACUAGCUACUAUUUCCUUUCCCCGGAAGCCACAGGGAUACCGCCUGGCAGUAUACUGGUCAACCCACACACAGGUUGGUAUCCUCUGACCAGGGUUGGUCCCUCAUACUGAGUUUAUAUAGGCUGGAUUGGCCUGUCUUUAUGUUGGGUUUGGUUUGAUGUGAUGUUUGGUCUUGGUUGGUUUUGAUCAGAGUUCUUGUAAAACAAACUUCUUAUUCAGUCUAUUAUUCUGUCUGCUCUCUUCUCUUGAACUGUUGCUUAAAUUUCCACACACUACAUAUUUUGUUUUGGGUGAAAUAUAUAUCAAAGCUUUGUCAGAUUGAAUGAAUGGACUAAGAGAGUUGGUAGACUGUGCAUAUAUUUGAUAAGUCUAUUCAUGGUUUAGUCAUUAUUCAGGAUAAAUGUUACUAUAGCAUAACUCCUAUUGCCUAAAUUAUACUCAAAUGUCCUAUAGGCUCUACAGUGUAUCUAAGUUUGUUGUUCUCCACAUGCAGGCCAACCCUUUGUGAACCCUGAUGGCAGUGCUGUGGUCUACAACCCCUCUAUGACCGCACAGCAAGGUGGGAGGAGCCAGCAGCCCUUGGCCCCUCCCCUACCGCCCCCAGCCCCGCACCAGCCAGCCAAUCAAGUCCUCUCCCAGGUCAGUCAAUGAGUGGACAGCCCCUUCUUUCUCCAGAAAGCCCAUUCACUCCCUGCAUGCAGUCACUUCUCUAAUCUACCCUUUCUCAAUUAAUAUAGUAGAUUAGAAUCCAUCAUUCUUUAAUUCAUGCCUCCUAAUUUCCCAGAGAACAUUCAUCUUCUACGAGCUAGGGCUGGGUGAAUUAUCUAGAUAUCAAUCAGGUUAAAUUAAUUGUGAUAUUAAAUCGGCCAGCUCUACUUCCUCCUAUUCAAUCACCUCUGACUUCUUAACUCAUGGAGGUCUCUUUCUCUCUCUCUCUGUCUCCCUCUGUCUCUCUCUGGCUCUCUCUCUCUCUCUGUGGCUCUCUCUCUCUCUGUGGCUCUCUCUCUCUCUCUCUCUCUCUGUGGCUCUCUCUCUCUCUGUGGCUCUCUCUCUCUCUCUGUGUCUCUCUCUCUCUCUCUCUCUCUCUCUUCUCUCUCUCUCUCUCUCUCUCUCUCUCUCUCUCUCUCUGGGUGUCCUCUCUCUCUCUCUCUCUCUCUCUCUCUCUCUCUCUCUCUGUGGCUCUCUCUCUCUCUGUGUGUCUCUCUCUCUCUGUCUCUCUCUCUCUCUGUGUGUGUUCUGUUCUGUCCUUUUCUCCUUCAGCCGGUUCGGCAUUUCCAGCCCUCUGCUCCACAGCCGAUCCAGUACUCAACGAUAUCUUACCCUCCUCCUCAGUUCCUGCCACUCUCCUCUAACCAACACCAACAAUACACUUUGGUAUUAUCAAUCGUCUGUCUCCUCUAACCAACACCAACAAUACACUUUGGUAUUAUCAAUCGUCUGUCUCCUCUAACCAACACCAACAAUACACUUUUGUAUUAUCAAUCGUCUCUCUCCUCUAACCAACAAUACACUUUGGUAUUAUCAAUCCUCUGUCUCCUCUAACCAACACCAACAAUACACUUUGGUAUUAUCAAUCGUCUGUCUCCUCUAACCAACACCAACAAUACACUUUGGUAUUAUCAAUCGUCUCUCUCCUCUAACCAACACCAACAAUACACUUUGGUAUUAUCAAUCCUCUGUCUCCUCUAACCAACACCAACAAUACACUUUGGUAUUAUCAAUCGUCUGUCUCCUCUAACCAACACCAACAAUACACUUUGGUAUUAUCAAUCGUCUGUCUCCUCUAACCAACACCAACAAUACACUUUGGUAUUAUCAAUCGUCUGUCUCCUCUAACCAACACCAACAAUACACUUUGGUAUUAUCAAUCCUCUGUCUCCUCUAACCAACACCAACAAUACACUUUGGUAUUAUCAAUCGUCUGUCUCUUCUAACCAACACCAACAAUACACUUUGGUAUUAUCAAUCGUCUGUCUCCUCUAACCAACACCAACAAUACACUUUGGUAUUAUCAAUCGUCUGUCUCCUCUAUCUCCCACCUGUCUGUUUCUGUCCAGUUGCCUCUUGAGUGCCUUGUCACUUAAUUAGGUGGUCUUUUUAUAAGACAUGGUCAUUACAUUACGUGUGUCAAUUCCCGAAGUUUAUAUUUUUAUACAGAAUCUUUGAUGUAAUGUCAUCUUUAUCUGGGCAGACUUUGUGAUUGAAGAAGUGUUCAGCAGGAGCCUGGCUCAUGUUCAUUAGGCACAAAACAAUUUGUUAUUUUUUUUACCGGCAGUUUGCCAAAUGGAAACCCAGAAUGUUGUUUUCUGUUGCAAAAUGUCUUGCAACUUAGUGCUUCUUGAACAUGACCCAGUUAGGUAGAACAUGACCCCGUUAGCCCUAGUACCCAGUUAGGUAGAACAUGACCCCGUUAGCCCUAGUACCCAGUUAGGUAGAACAUGACUCCGUUAGCCCUAGUACCCAGUUAGAUAGAUAGAACAUGACCCCGUUAGCCCUAGUACCCAGUUAGAUAGAUAGAACAUGACCCCGUUAGCCCUAGUACCCAGUUAGGUAGAACAUGACCCCGUUAGCUCUAGUACCCAGUUAGGUAGAACAUGACUCCGUUAGCCCUAGUACCCAGUGAGGUAGAACAUGACCCCGUUAGCCCUAGUACCCAGUUAGGUAGAACAUGACCCCGUUAGCCCUAGUACCCAGUUAGGUAGAACAUGACUCCGUUAGCCCUAGUACCCAGUUAGAUAGAUAGAACAUGACCCCGUUAGCCCUAGUACCCAGUUAGAUAGAUAGAACAUGACCCCGUUAGCCCUAGUACCCAGUUAGGUAGAACAUGACCCCGUUAGCUCUAGUACCCAGUUAGGUAGAACAUGACUCCGUUAGCCCUAGUACCCAGUGAGGUAGAACAUGACCCCGUUAGCCCUAGUACCCAGUUAGGUAGAACAUGACCCCCGUUAGCCCUAGUACCCAGUUAGGUAGAACAUGACCCCGUUAGCCCUAGUACCCAGUUAGGUAGAACAUGACCCCGUUAGCCCUAGUACCCAGUUAGGUAGAACAUGACCCCGUUAGCCCUAGUACCCAGUUAGGUAGAACAUGACCCCGUUAGCCCUAGUACCCAGUUAGGUAGAACAUGACCCCGUUAGCCCUAGUACCCAGUUAGGUAGAACAUGACCCUGUUAGCUCUAGUACCCAGUUAGGUAGAACAUGACCCCGUUAGCCCUAGUACCCAGUUAGGUAGAACAUGACCCUGUUAGCUCUAGUACCCAGUUAGUUAGAACAUGACCCCGUUAGCCCUAGUACCCAGUUAGGUAGAACAUGACCCUGUUAGCUCUAGUACCCAGUUAGGUAGAACAUGACCCCGUUAGCCCUAGUACCCAGUUAGGUAGAACAUGACCCUGUUAGCCCUAGUACCCAGUUAGGUAGAACAUGACCCCGUUAGCCCUAGUACCCAGUUAGGUAGAACAUGACCCCGUUAGCCCUAGUACCCAGUUAGGUAGAACAUGACCCUGUUAGCCCUAGUACCCAGUUAGGUAGAACAUGACUCCGUUAGCCCUAGUACCCAGUUAGGUAGAACAUGACCCCGUUAGCCCUAGUACCCAGUUAGGUAGAACAUGACCCCGUUAGCCCUAGUACCCAGUUAGGUAGAACAUGACCCCGUUAGCCCUAGUACCCAGUUAGGUAGAACAUGACCCCGUUAGCCCUAGUACCCAGUUAGGUAGACUAGAUCAGGCUGCAUUCUGUUGUCCUCCUUUCCUGACCUGGUUUCACCCAACACAUCAGUCUAUCCCUCUAUGGCUAAUUAAAGCACUUACACUAACGGCUUUGAAUAAUUAAUUAAAUACCAGAUGUUGAAUAAUCCAUGAGUAGAUACGCUAAACUUUCAACCUAUUGCCACGGAACAGCUUGUCAUAGAUGACCUAGACUGAGGUAGCCUACUCUGGUGAUAUAAAUAGUCCAGUUUGGGUUCCCUGGGUGGUGUUCGGCAUUAAACGGUAGAAAACUGACUGAAACGGGGAGAGACUACUAGAACUUGUCUCCAGUAAGACACAUUCGUUUUCUGUUUCAACAUGUUUUGCUACAGUGUGCCCUAAUAAAUAUGCUCUUGAUGCACAUUGCCUCUGGCCCUGUCUGUUGAUUGAUUGAUUUUGAUUAAGUUUAUUUGACCAUUUUAAAGGACAUAUACAGACAGUACAUACAUACAUACAUUUGAAACAGUACAUACGUUUUCAGAAUUGUUCUCUCCCCACAGCAAGAUGGCCUGGCUGCUCAGUUCAGCCACAUGAAUCUGGUGCUCCAGGCGUCCAGCGACGGCACGAACGGUGGCCCCCACCCUGCCAUGUACCCCUCGGGCCCUGUGGUGCUCCAGGCCCCCCUGCAGCACCAGCAGACUGGCUACAUGGUGGCCCCUCCAGGGCAAACCCAGGCCUACCCCACCCCCGGUCCUGCACACCCUAUGAGCCAGCCGCUCAUGCAGCAACAGGGCUACGUGCAGCAGCAGGUAGGUUACAGUACAGUCCCUCACAUUGUCAGUCAACAACGACAGCCACCAUCUCAUAGCGUCGGCUCCUUCAACUACCUACUCCUUUAUGGUCUCAAUCUCCUUCCAUAAUAGUCAAUGAUGUUAUCCACCAGAUUAUCCAGAUAUGAUCAUAAUCUAGAUUGACCUCAUAUCCUCUAUGAGGAAAGUGUUCAGAUAGAGAGUUCCUCUGGUCACCUUUUCAAUCUGCUUGUUCUCCUUCCUCUCCUGUAGAUGCAGACAUGUUACUGUGCUCCAGCCCAGUACCCCCACUCCCACUCCCACUCCCACUCCAACCAGCACUAUCGCCCUAUCAGCCCCGUGCACUACACCAGCCCCCAGAACCAGCCUCUACUCCAGCAGCCAGGUAAACACACACACACACACACGAGCGCAGAGUCAUAUACACACACACUGCUAUCUCUCUGUGUUUGUCUUGAUUAACUGAGAUGUCUCCCUGUGAGCUGCAGUCUGCUUGCUGAGUGGGUGUUCUGUUUCUCUGCACCCUGGGGGGACAUGGUUGUUAUCUCCAGCCUCCAGCCUCCUCAACACAACACAGCUCCUUUUUACUGGUUGUUAGUUACAGCCUCCAGCCUCCUCAACACAACACCGCUCCUGUUUACUGGUUGUUAGUUACAGCCUCCUCAACACAACACAGCUCCUUUUUACUGGUUGUUAGUUACAGCCUCCAGCCUCCUCAACACAACACAGCUCCUUUUUACUGGUUGUUAUCUACAGCCUCCAGCCUCCAGCCUCCUCAACACAACACAGCUCCUGUUUACUGGUUGUUAUCUCCAGCCUCCAGCCUCCUCAACACAACACAGCUCCUUUUUACUGGUUGUUAGUUACAGCCUCCAGCCUCCUCAACACAACACAGCUCCUUUUUACUGGUUGUUAUCUACAGCCUCCAGCCUCCUCAACACAACACAGCUCCUGUUUACUGGUUGUUAUCUCCAGCCUCCAGCCUCCUCAACACAACACAGCUCCUUUUUACUGGUUGUUAGUUACAGCCUCCAGCCUCCUCAACACAACACAGCUCCUUUUUACUGGUUGUUAUCUACAGCCUCCAGCCUCCAGCCUCCUCAACACAACACAGCUCCUUUUUACUGGUUGUUAGUUACAGCCUCCAGCCUCCUCAACACAACACAGCUCCUUUUUACUGGUUGUUAUCUACAGCCUCCAGCCUCCAGCCUCCUCAACACAACACAGCUCCUGUUUACUGGUUGUUAUCUACAGCCUCCAGCCUCCUCAACACAACACAGCUCCUUUUUACUGGUUGUCUUCUGCUGAAGGCAGCACUGUGGCCGUUUACUGGCUUUAAUGUGGAGGAACGCUAGUCCAUCGUCUGUUGGGGGGAAUUAGGAGGCAUCUCUUGGGACUGAGCAGAGGAACAAGUUAGUCUAUAUGCUGUUAGUCUACUCAGGCCAGUGCAUAGACAGUGGACUAUCCAGCCACAGUGAAAAUAAUGACUGUUUCCAAACCACUUGCAUAAAGAAGUUGCUUCUGCAAUUAGACAUUUUUGCUGAAGCCUUCAGUAUAAAUUAUCCUUGCGGGAAUUGAACCUACAACCUUGCCACACUCUUAAUGACUGAGCCAUACUGGACCACAGGUGUUGGUGGGAAGACCCGGAGUCUGGACCGGACCACAGAGGUGUUUGUGAUGGGGAAAACCUGGAAAGCAGAGUGGCAGAAUGCGGGGCCGGGACGCUGUCUGAGAGUUCUAUGAUUCUCACAGUGAACCGGUCUCUUUUUCAGCCCCUCACUUCUCUUCAGUCUCUUUUUUUUCUCAUCUUCUCCAGCGGUCUCUAGUUUCAGCUUCUCAUCUCUUCUUCUCUCUUCUCCAGUGGUCUCUAGUUUCAGCCCCUCAACUCUACUCCUCAUCUUCUCCAGCGGUCUCUAGUUUCAGCUUCUCAACUCUUCUCCUCUCUUCUCCAGCAGUCUCUAGUUUCAGCUUCUCAACUCUUCUCCUCUCUUCUCCAGCGGUCUCUAGUUUCAGCCCCUCAACUCUACUCCUCAUCUUCUCCAGCGGUCUCUAGUUUCAGCUUCUCAACUCUUCUUCUCCUGUAUUAUUACAAUGUGCCUUUUGGAAGCGUUCAGUCCUGCAGAUUACAACGUGAAGCCACACUGACAAUAGGCAUAAAGCACCUGUUAGCAACUCCCUAUUCCACAUGCUGUACCAAGGCAAUCUAAUCCCAUUCCCUGUGAGCUCAGGUGGAAUGGUGUGUGUUUUGAUAAAAUGGGAGAGACAUUUCAUGCUUGGUUUGUGAGGAGGACGGUAAAAUCUAGUGUCCUGCUCUUUCUCAUAUGAACCCAUUCAUCCUCUAUUGGUCUCGUCUUGUUCCGCUUUUCUCAUUGGGGCUAUAGAAUGUUCCAGCCACCUUGUACAAAAGGACGACGACGACUAAUGCGGUCCCUGGAUUUGUCUCUGAGGGGACGAGUCUGUCCAACGCUGCUGCCUGUAACCUUGACAUUCAGUGUCCAGUAUGGAAGAGGCACUACUGUUUCUAGCACCCUUUUUGCCUUUGCUAGCGAGCCUACAGUUUUCCCCUAUUGCACAUUGUGCGUCGUCUGUUUCUGUAAUUUGCUCAUGUGUUAAAGACUUUGUUUUCACAAUGGGUUUUUUUCACACUACACUCUUCCUUCCAGGGAUUCAAUAUUGUAUGAUUUUUCUCCAUGUUUUAGAUUUCUUCUCUACAUUGUAAUGGGUAUUAUAAUACAAGUAAAGAGAAGAUCAUCUUCCAAGACAACAGAGGCUAAUUUAAAUGUUUUUCAUUUCACUUUGGCUCAUUCAUGAAUAGCCGUUGUGAAUAGAAUGAAUGUCACCAUUUUGUUUAAAAACAAUGAAUUCAAAUGUUUUACAUCGCACUAGAUAUUUGAAUAGAAGUGAAUUGUAAUGUCCUAAUGUUACUGUAGGUUACCAGGCUGGGAUGCCAAAUCAGCCCCAGAGCCCUCACCAUCAGAGUGUGGUGACACAUCAGAACCUAGUGAGCAACCAGCAGCACAGCAAUAUGGGAAAUCACAUGACGGGCUUCAUGGUCCAAUACCCUUCUAUGCCAUCUUAUCAGGUACGUUCUUUUUAGCUUAUGAUUAUUAAACUGUGUUUUUCUUUCAAUUAAAGAAUCUAACUGAUUUGUGUCCCGUCCUUUACAUUUACAUGGUUUUAUCCUCAAUUGUCAACAUCUUGCUCUUGUGAACAUCUUUGCCUGGCUGAAAAUCUAAUAAUUAUAUAAAUCGAACCCUGAAAUUAAAAUAGUUUGAAGGUUGAAUUGAAAAGGGAUUUGAAAGGCAAAAGUCCCCUGUAGCUCAGUUGGUAGAGCAUGGCGCUUGCAACGCCAGGGUUGUGGGUUCGUUUCCCACGGGGGGCCAGUAUGAAAAUGUAUGCACUCACUAACUGUAAGUCGCUCUGGAUAAGAGCGUCUGCUAAAUGACUAAAAUGUAAAGGGCCCCGACAUUAGAUGUCUAUCAAUUGUAAAUGUAAAAAAAAAAGUCAUUAAAAUACUCGUGCUUAAUCCUGUUUUUCCAUAUGAUCUGUGUGUGUUAUGCAGGUAUCCAUGCCCCAGGUCGCUCAGAACAUGCCUCCACAUCAGCAGACAUGUCAACAGCCAAUGCUGAUCCAGAGUCAUCCAAGCCCAGGUCCCAUGGCCAUGUCAGGCAUGCAGGUCUACUACAGUGCCGCGCCACCAAAUCAACACAGCAGUAUGAGGUAGGCACUGAGGUGUUCUGUUCUUAGCGCCACCAAGAUGGACUGUGUAUUAAAUAGUCUUAAGUGUUAGGUCUGUAAUCUGAUACUGUUUCAUAUUUCAAAGUAGUUCAACAUUGAUGAAAGCGGCGCAGAUAUCGGUGUACCAACCAACCUGCCAGAAACCAUCCAUAAAGGGAGUUAUUGACGCUGUAGAAACCAUCCAUAAAGGGCCCUCCUAAAAGGGGUUAUGACGCUGUAGAAAACCUCCUAAAGGGGGUUAUUUCCUGUAGAACCAUCCUAAAAGGGGUUAUUGACCUGUAAAACUAUCCAUAAAGGGAUUUUUUUGACGUUUGAACCAUCCAAAAAAGGGGGUUAUUUCGGUGUAGAACCCUCCUAAAGGGGGGUUAGACGCGUGAAAACCCUCCAAAAGGGAGUUAUUUACGCUUUGAAACCAUCCAUAAAGGGGUUAUUGACCUGUAAACCAUCCUAAAAAGGGGUUUUUGACUUUUAGAAAAAAAUCCAUAAAGGGAGUUAUUGACCUGUAGAAACCACCCAUAAAGGGAGUUAUUGACGCUGUAAAACCAUCCAUAAAGGGAGUUAUUAAACGCUGUAGAAACCAUCCAUAAAGGGAGUUAUUGACGCGUAAAAACCAUCCAUAAGGGAUUUAUUGACGCUGUAACCAUCCAUAAGGGAUUUAAUUACGUUAACCCAUCCAUAAAGGGAGUUAUUACGGUGUAGAACCCAUCCAUAAAGGGAGUUAUUGACGCUGUAGAAACCCAUCCAUAAAGGGAGUUAUUGACGCUGUAGAAACCAUCCAUAAAGGGAGUUAUUGACGCUGUAGAAACCAUCCAUAAAGGGAGUUAUUGACGCUGUAGAAACCAUCCAUAAAGGGAGUUAUUGACGCUGUAGAAACCAUCCAUAAAGGGAGUUAUUGACGCUGUAGAAACCAUCCAUAAAGGGAGUUAUUGACGCUGUAGAAACCAUCCAUAAAGGGAGUUAUUGACGCUGUAGAAACCAUCCAUAAAGGGAGUUAUUGACGCUGUAGAAACCAUCCAUAAAGGGAGUUAUUGACGCUGUAGAACCCAUCCAUAAAGGGAGUUAUUGACGGUGUAGAACCCAUCCAUAAAGGGAGUUAUUGACGGUGUAGAACCCAUCCAUAAAGGGAGUUAUUGACGCUGUAGAAACCAUCCAUAAAGGGAGUUAUUGACGCUGUAGAAACCAUCCAUAAAGGGAGUUAUUGACGCUGUAGAAACCAUCCAUAAAGGGAGUUAUUGACGCUGUAGAAACCAUCCAUAAAGGGAGUUAUUGACGCUGUAGAAACCAUCCAUAAAGGGAGUUAUUGACGCUGUAGAAACCAUCCAUAAAGGGAGUUAUUGACGGUGUAGAAACCAGUCCUCAUGGGAGCUGAGGUGUUCUAUUAAGACUGGGCUGCACUGUACCUGUAUCAUCUGCCUUAUAAAUCAUCCUCCAGACUGCCCUACUAACAGAAACUUUACUGAGCUGAACGUGACCUCCAGACUGCCCUACUAACAUAAACUUUACUGAGCUGAAAGUGUCCUCCAGACUGCCCUACUAACAGAAACUUUACUGAGCUGAAAGUGUCCUCCAGACUGCCCUACUAACAGAAACUUUACUGAGCUGAACGUGUCCUCCAGACUGCCCUACUAACAUAAACUUUACUGAGCUGAACGUGACCUCCAGACUGCCCUACUAACAUAAACUUUACUGAGCUGAAAGUGUCCUCCAGACUGCCCUACUAACAGAAACUUUACUGAGCUGAAAGUGUCCUCCAGACUGCCCUACUAACAGAAACUUUACUGAGCUGAAAGUGUCCUCCAGACUGCCCUACUAACAGAAACUUUACUGAGCUGAAAGUGUCCUCCAGACUGCCCUACUAACAGAAACUUUACUGAGCUGAAAGUGUCCUCCAGACUGCCCUACUAACAGAAACUUUACUGAGCUGAACGUGACCUCCAGACUGCCCUACUAACAGAAACUUUACUGAGCUGAAAGUGUCCCCCCUCCCUGUUGUACUGGUUCCGCUAUACCGCCCCACAGCAUCAGGACUGUCAGUGUUAAUAUAAAGUGGCCCUAUAUAGUGCACUACCUUUGACCAGAGCCCUAUGGGUACAACACCAAGCAGCUGUAAUAUAAUUAUUCAGUCUGAUUACAGAGUGAUUCAGGCCAUAAAGAGGAAAUGAAUGACAUGUUUGUUUUCUUUCGGACUACCACCAUUAAUCAGAGAUCAUUAACAGACCUUUAACACACAAGACUAUUUCAGAAAUGUUUUUAAGGCUCUUCAAGGGAGACUUUGAGAGCAAAUGUAAAGUGUCUGCCUGCUGGUGCUAUCAAUGUAUUUAAUGAAUGCCCCAGAGCUCCAUAAAUAUAUUGACUAAGCAAGUGUGUCUGUCUCCACAGUUCGUCGGUGGGUUUCUUACCUCCUCCGGGGUCAGAGCAGAUGCAGUUUCCCCGGGCCUCGUCUCCGUGUGGAACCCAGCAGCUACCAGGACAGCAGUGCACAGGUAACAUUACUUCUCCUCUCAGCAACACCAAGGUCGUGGGUUGAAUUCCCACCGGGAUCACACACAUACUAAAAUAGAUACCCUUCGGUUUUGAAAGACUCUUGUGUAUAAGAUUUGAUACCAUUUUUAAAUGCUUUUCCUACCUUGUGUAUAAGAUUUGAUACCAUUUUUAAAUGCUUUUCCUACCUUGUGUAUAAGAUUUGAUACCAAUAAAAUGCUUUUCCUACCUUGUGUAUAAAAUUUGAUACCAAUAAAAUGGUGUGUUGCUUGUAUGUCCAUCUGAGGAUGGAAACAUUCCUUUGACCAAAAACGAAGAUGUCAGAUUUUCACGUUGUUGUUGUAACGGUGUGGCUGUUUGUCUGUAGGUGUGCAUCCCGGUCCUCACAGUGGUGGUAUGGUGAUGAUGCAGCUGACCCUGCCCCCUAACCAUCAGCCCAGAGCACACUCCCCUCCACAGUGGAAACACAACAGAUACUACAGUCUGGAUCACACACGCAGCCAGAGGUCCUCAGAACAACUAGACAACUCUCAGGUAACUACUCAGAACAACUAGACAACUCUCAGGUAACUACUCAGAACAACUAGACAACUCUCAGGUAACUACUCAGAACAACUAGACAACUCUCAGGUAACUACUCAGAACAACUAGACAACUCUCAGGUAACUACUCAGAACAACUAGACAACUCUCAGGUAACUACUCAGAACAACUAGACAACUCUCAGGUAACUACUCAGAACAACUAGACAACUCUCAGGUAAGUACUCAGAACAACUAGACAACUCUCAGGUAACUACUCAGAACAACUAGACAACUCUCAGGUAACUACUCAGAACAACUAGACAACUCUCAGGUAACUACUCAGAACAACUAGACAGCUAACAGGUAACUACUCAGAACAACUAGACAGCUAACAGGUAACUACUCAGAACAACUAGACAACAGGGAACUACUGAGCUGCUGGUAAUUAGACAUGACCAGUCAGGAGUAAUAUUGCGUGUUAGAGAGAGGAAAGGCUCUGUACAGAAUCACUGAUCUACAAAUAAUCUUGCAUCCCAAAUAACUGCUCAUUGUAUUAUCAAGAUCCGCGACUCCGAGCAGCGAGUCUUGCUCAGGCCUGUCCCCUCGAACUAGGGAUACACUUUCCUCCUGAUAGACUACAUUAAAGGGUUUCUAUGUCCCCUCUUUGACCUCCACCUCCCUGUCCCUCCUCUCUGCCUCUGUCCUAUAGAACGGUCUCCAGCUGGGCAGCCCCAGCACCCCUCCGGCCCAGCCCCCAGCCCCAACCCAUCAACUCACCUCCAUAAAGAACCUCCGCUCUGCUGGCCUCACCCCCAUCCCCAUAAUGACCCAGUUCCCCAGACCCUUUGGCCCAGGGCAGGCAGGGGACGGCAGGUACCCAUUACUGGGUCAACCCCUCCAGUACAACCCCGCCAUCAGGCCUCCGCUGAUCCACGGGACACACCACAUGAUCCCCAACCCCCACCACGUGAGUCCUCAGAGUACACACACACACUUGACAAAGGAGGUUGUUUUGUACAAUGAAAUGUACCAAAUCUGUAUUAAUGUUUUUUCACGAUUUACCCGCUGAGUGAAAAUUGAAGAUUAAAAGAUAAAAAAGUAGAAAAUAAAAGCUCAGUCCAGUCAACAUGUCUGCCUCCUUUUCCCUCAGGGCCCAAUGGGAAUCCGGCAUCAUGGGGGGCGAGGGAGGAGACCCCCGCCCAGGAAGUCAUCUGAUCUUAGUGUAGGUGACCCAGGUAAUAGAGAGGAGAGACCAUGACCCAGGUACUAGACAGACCAUGACCCAGGUACUAGACAGACCAUGACCCAGGUACUAGACAGACCAUGACCCAGGUACUAGACAGACCAUGACCCAGGUACUAGAGAGGAGAGACCAUGACCCAGGUACUAGAGAGGAGAGACCAUGACCCUGACCCAGGUACUAGACAGACCAUGACCCAGGUACUAGACAGACCAUGACCCAGGUACUAGAGAGGGGAGACCAUGACCCAGGUACUAGAGAGGAGAGACCAUGACCCAGGUACUAGAGAGGACAGACCAUGACCCAGGUACUAGAGAGGGGAGACCAUGACCCAGGUACUAGAGAGGACAGACCAUGACCCAGGCUCUAGAGAGGAGAGACCAUGACCCUGACCCAGGUACUAGAGAGGAGAGACCAUGACCCAGGUACUAGAGAGGAGAGACCACUCUAGAGUAGAAGUCCUUACUCAGUGAUCACAUCUAGGAUAGAAGUCCUAUAGCAUUAGAAUCUAUAGAACGGGCCUCCCCAUUCAAGUCAAUGAUUGCAUAAUGGGUGGACUGGCAGCCAUUGUGAGUGUACCCAUGACUUUACUAGUCAAAUUGCCAGGGUUAGAGGUUCCAACCCCUUUCUAUAGAUUAUAUUUCAAUGAGAAGUCCUAAUACAAAGAUGUCACUAGUUUAGAAGUACUAUCAAAUUGAUGUUGGGUUUGCCCUCAUAUUGUGCUAACUGAACAUGGCCUUUUUAUUCAAGUAUCUUUUUUUGACUCAGUGUAAUUUUUUAUAUACUGGGUUUUUUCUGCAUAACAAAGUAUUGGGCGGGCCGCUAAGUGUUGUUGUUUUUUAGGGCAGCUUAUGUCCAAACAGUAAAUAAUAAUGAAUAAAACAUUUGGGGAAAAUAAUUUUCAGAAUUGAAAAAGGUUUUCAGUGUUAACUUAAAGUGGAACUGACAGCGUUUUAACUACUUUGCUGAUAUGAAACAGACACUCAUAAUAUCGGUCAAAAAUAUCAAAUUCCCAGUUUAUGCUACAAAACCAACUUUAUAAGAGGUUUUAAAAAUAGGUUCUGUUUCACUCAACAUUCCAUGACAUAGAGUAAGGCAUUGUUGGCAGAAUACAUGGAUGCAGUUCAAUUCAUGAUUUAAUAUAGCGAAUUCACCAAUACCUUUCUUGGUAGUCCAAAACAUAUUGCUAUCAGGUUGUAAAUCACAGCUGGCCUGGUACAUUGUUUGCUGCCUCCACCCAUUCAAGAUGCACUGUUUCAGUUUCAAUGACUAUAUUUUUGAGAAGAAAAAAACACGAAUGAAUGUAACUAAGGCUGGGAAUGUCAAUACAAUCAAACUAGCAAGGGCAAUGAUCACAAGUGCAGUCAUAACGUGGCUAAUAGGCUAGCGUAUCUAUUUAUUUAGCUAUUUAUUUAGCAAGCUAAAGACAUGGAGCCUAAUGUUAGUUAGCUAGCUAGCUGCUGGGAGGAUGUCAUGUCAUUGGACGAGUGCGCGAGUGGCCGACUUCUUCCCAUCAUAUCGUUUUUCGGUGGCUACAGCCUAAGAUAAAGGUGUAAUUUGGUUAGCUAGCAAGAAAUGUAAAUCGCUUUGCUAGCUAGCUAUGCUGAACUUGAAUGACUGUUAUCCACAGUUAGCGUGCAUAUCUCUUAGUUGUCAACCAAAGGUAUUUGGCAUCGAUCAAAUGGGCAGGCAGGCAGUUCCCAAAAAUGUGGUUUGGGACAAGCAUGCAUUGGCAGGCAAGCUGCAGAAGGGCAAGCAGCCUACUAUUCCCCAUCGGGUAUCAGUGCAACUACAAGCUGAAAAAGUUUGAGAGGGUUUAAUCUACUCUUGCCUCCUUAGAUUUUAGCUCAUCUCGCUCUUGCUAACAUUAGUUGUUGAUCUUAGGGAGGGUGAGAGCCUACCUGUUCAUGGUUGUUUGAUCAAUAGGACUGUGACGUUCCCAAAUGUAAGAGGACACCCGUGGUAUUUGCAGAUAUCCAUUCAGGUGUAUUUUGUGGUAUGUAAAUGAUGGCACGGCUGCUUUCCCACUCUAUAUUGAUAUAGAAUUUUAACAAAUACCUUACUCUACAUCAUUCCCAAACAUUCUAUGAAAGUGUGAAAAUGACCAUAUGUAAGUGCUUGUCAGAGAACAAUAAUACACAUUUUAAAAGGCGCCAUUCUUCCUGGGGGUGUGUAUGAUCAGAUUUCAUGUUGCUAAAACGCUGUCAGUUCCCCUUUAAACGACUAAAACCAGAUAUUAAAUAUGUAGAACAUAUAAUGGACCUAUAUAUUUUUUAAUAAGAUUAUCUUUGAGAACUAACAAUCACCUAAAUAAAAGCUAGACAGGGAGAAUAAAAAGUUCUAAAGAAUUAUGCAUUCAGGAGUUUUGCCAUGGCAUGAGGCCCCCAUUUGAUUUUGUUAUGUUUGAGUCACUCAGAUAGCAUAAGCCUUGGCAAAAUGUGUAGAAUUGCAGGAAAUUAGCUUUAAAACAACAUUUUGUCACUGCGGCCAACAGGAAGGCCUAAAAAAUGUCCGUUUGGUGACCGCACCAUGGGCCCACGCCUCCACCACGCCCACCACCUAAGCCCCAUUUUGAUCCAGAAAAAACCCUGUAUAUGUGAUUUUAUUAUGUAACCUUGAGUUUGGUUCAGUUUAUUUUGCAGUAGAAAUAAUAGUGGUCUGUGAAUGGAUCCCUGUGGCUCAACACACAUGAGUCUUACAACAAUUUUUCAAAUGUAACAUUUAUGAACAAUUUAGUUGAAUGAUUUUUUUUGGGAUCUAUCAUAAACCACUUGCUGUGCACUGUAGGACCAGACAGGAGUGUUUUUUUUUUUUCCACCUAAGAAUCAUCAUUUAUAGACUAGGCAGAAUUCACACCUGGCUAAAUAAAUAAACAGGUGUACCUAGGUGUUAGGAAUAUAAUGAUUCUCUCACAUACUGGAUUGGAUUCCACACAGCAAGAUUUUAUUUUAGAAGGAAAAAAUUAUCGUUAUUGAAUUCACUCUAGUAGUGUGAUUUUGAUUUGGUCCACAAUUACUCCCCCAAAAACAACUAAGCUAAAUGUCAGCCCUGUUACCUCUAGAGAUAAUCUGAUUCUGUUGGUCUCCAUGCAGUAAAUGGUCAAAGAGAAUGUGUUGUCAAUAACUUUACCUGGUGAAUCAAUCAAUCAAUUCUCUCUCCGUGCAGUGAAUGGUGGAGUCCUGGAGGUGCUGGAGCUACCAGAGGGCAUCAGCCGUACAGAGGCAGACUCUCUCCUGGGGGAACUGUACAGAGGAGGGGCCAUGAUCAAGUGGUUGUCUGAGACCCAACACCAGAACCAGUCUGGUGGAACCCUGCUGAAGCACUGUGGGGCUGGGGGGGACGGUAGUAACGGUGACACAAACACUGACACUACUUCCUGUUCCAAACCCCCCAGUAGUAACCAUAACGACCUGGCGUCCACCUACACCAUCCUGGCUGUGUUUCCCUCCAGGUACGCAGCUCAGAAUGCCUUGCUCAGACACAGUGGCCCUGCUGGCUCUGGGCCCCUCCUAACCACCACCACCACGUUCAAACUCAGAACUAGCAAGAGACACUCUGAUGAGUUUCACAACCUGGAGAGGACCAGCUCUCAAUAGCAGGGCGGGGUGCUGUAGCCAGCCAAUCUGGAGAGGACCAGCUUUCAAUAGCAGGGUGGGGUGCUAUGUUACUAGGGGCCCUGUGAGGUUGUUCUAGGGGCCCCCACGGGGUGCUAUGAGGGGCUACCCAUCAUGGGCCCUCGCCAUGGCCCCUCCACCACCUCCUCCACUGCUGCCAUCGGCCGACCAACCAGACACCCUUCUUCUGCCAGCAUCACUCACUAGUCUCCAUUACCCACCGGACUGACAGACAGAUUGAUGGAGUAUCACUAUGUUGGCAUUAUCUAAGGUUUUUCACUUGAGUUGUAGAAGCUUUCUGGAAAUGUGUUAAUGCCUUUGCAAUGUUCUCCACUUCUUGAGAUGAAAAUGAAAACAUGUAAAAAUUAUCCGGCAACACACCAAUGUUGAAACACAAGAGAAAAACCCCCACAAGAAUGACGUUCCAAAAGUGUAAUAUUAUUUUAUUUGCAGACAACAUAGCAAAGAGCAGCAUGUUUUAGUUUAUUUUAAUUUUAUUUAGUUUUAUAUUUGUUAAAAGCUGCAGUCAGAACACCCAAAGCAGGGUUGUACUCAUUCAUUACAAGAGGAGAAUAUACCAAGUGUCUCUCUUUGGGCCGGAUUCAGAUUUGAGAUCUGCAACGCAUAACUCAGAUCUCAAGUUAAAAAUGACCCAGUGACAUAAAUGCUUGAUUUACACGAAAGCCUGAGUUGUGCGGACGUAUAAUAUCAAGUUAGGAUUCGGCCCGUAGAGUCAGUCUCCUGUUAGUCAGUUGGUGUGCUACGUCAACAGCAGAUUAGAGUCUUCUAGAACAAGGUUGUGUCCCGAAUGGCACCCUAUUCCCU